AUGCCGACCUUGGAAGACCACCCACCACAGAGGUUGCGCUAUACCCGGUUGGAAACACCAGACUUGGAAGAUUAUGAUCAUCCAGGCACGCCCAGCGCCGGGUCAGACUCUGCGUCUCUGCGGGAAGAUUCUAUGGCACUUGACAAACCGUUGACGCCUGCGGCCCCGUCCGCCUCCAAUACCAAACUUGACGAUCGGGAUGAAGAUUCCUAUCUUUUACCAUUUCUUCCUCCAUUUCCAGUCACUAUCCAACAAGAUACCGAAGACGACCUCAAAGAACAGGAGCGGGAAGAACAGUUACGGCGAGAAGAGGAAUUGCAAAAGCAGAAGGAAGCGGAGCGAACGGAAAAGGAAUCUACCGAAGAUGGAGCCAUCGUUCAGAGCAUUCCAGCCAACUAUAUAGUCCCGGCUCCCUACGAAAUGAGCAAGCUUCAAGCUCGGGGGACAUGGCAUCUACCAUCAAUCUCACACUCGGUAAUUAGUGAUGUGGAAGAAAAAGGAACCAGCGGCCCUUCAUCCGUACCCUUUGUGCGUGGCUCCUCGACGACUGAAGAGCUCUUGUCCGCCCUUCAUGCGCUCUCACCUUCAACAUCGACAGAUAGUGUUCCCCCUACGCCCUCGGCAAGCUCCUUUCAUUCCAUUUCGACCAAUCCAUCCCGGCACAAAGUCUCCUUGGUGUUUUUGGGAACAACUCCAGCACGGUUCAAUACGCCUGAUACGUUAUUCGGUCUAGGGGCAUCGUUGAGCGUCACUCCACGUCCCAGUAAUCCCCUGCCGACGUACGUUCACGCAUUAGAAGAGCAGCCUGGAGCUCGAGAUCCGAAAGCAGCCAAAGGCAAGCCAGUGGGAGAUCUUCCUCUUCCUCCUAGCCAAGGUAGAAGCGUUGGAGUCCCCGCUACCAUUAUCAAUGCUGUAUCCGGGUCUUCGAGUAGAAUUCCCGUUGUUGGACGAGCAUUGCUCUCUAAACCCACCUUCACUCGGACCAAAAGAUUAGGACCUCCUCCAGCUCAAAAAAGAGACGAAAAGCUCCUUCUUUACCAUCCCCCCAAUCCCCCACUUCCUGCACACUGGAAUACUGCGGUGUCCGGCUCCAAUGCCACGGCAAAUAUCGGCCAUGACCACACCAAAGGAAGGCAAGAGCGAAACCCCUUCGGCGUUGCAGAAGCUACGCUCGGCUACACAUGGGACUGGAAUGUCAAAUUACCUCGGGAAGGCUUGGAGAAGGUAAAGUCAUUGACGACAGCCCCUCCUCCUUCUGCGACCCAUGGUCCCGGCGAGUCGCAAUUGACAAACCCUGUCCAGCCCAACGGCUCAAACGGUCACCCUACUAAGGAACGCUUGCUUCCAAAGCUCAGCGUUAGUGUUCCGGGUAGGAAACAGAGCAUGCUCUCAACAUCAACGCCUGUAUCGGGGAACCCUCUUGUCGCACGAAUACCGACACUAGGGGAGCGAACACACUCGAAUUCUGGACUGACGAGUUCGAUGCUGCCUCCGCCACUUCCAGGCUCUGCCGUGAGUGGAAAUGGCGAGCCACCACGAAAGCCUAUCCUCUCUAUUCGACUUACACAUAAUCGCUCGUCGAGCCAGCCCAGUGUGAAAGACUCUGGUGAUAUCCGCACUGCGUCUCCGGACCUAAACCCAGUUUCCAACAUCAAAACGGAGGGCAUUGAGGAAAAGGUCGUACUGCACGAAUCACCCAUGGAUACAGACGUGGACACCAUGCUAGCCUCUACCGUUCCCUUUGAUGAAAAACCUCCACUCUCGACCGUGCAGAGGUUGGAUAGCGUCGGUGACAUGGACAUUGACGCUGCUCUUGCCGAGGUAAUCGGAGAGGAUACGAAUGAGAUGACAAAAGUUAACGGUGAUCAAGACGAAGAUGCAGAUCUGGAGGACGUUUUUGGGAUGUCUCCAACAACGGUGCCGCCGUCCACCGCCAACCAUGUGCACAAAGGAUUACUCCCAGCAUCAGACGAGGACGUCGAUUUGGAUGAUUUGCUGUUGAGCGGAGACCCUAAGGGCCCGACGACGGAAGAGCACGAUCACUCGUUUGAUCUGAGUAUCACUGCGGUUGGAGAUCCACCUCUUCCUCCGGGGGACGGCAGCUCCUACAUAUUUUCGGAAAUGGACCGCAUACCGGCUACUACCGCUGGGACAAUGUCGUUCUCUUCAAGUACAACUCUACCGCUUGCAACCAGUGCACUCCGAACAACAACCACUCCACUAAUUCCGACCCCUCAACAACAUCAAUCCAAUGGGGUUGUUUCUCAACAGGUCCCAGAAACGCUGGAGCGUAGCUACUUUGCAGAACAUCUCGAACAUAAGGACGACCCCUCGACCACACUCGUAUCCGUCCAAAAGGAGUCCUCGUCGACGCCACUUGUCCCGCCUCAAGGUCACUAUUAA